GUGUGUGUGUGUGUGUGUGUGUGUGUGUGUGUGUCAUGUCCUAUCUUGUAGAUGUCAGCAAAGUGAAACCUAAGGAGCCACUCCCAGUGUGUGUGCUGGCGUAUAAAGGAGCUGGGAUCCUCUCUGGGUGAGUCCAGUCGCCACAGAUAGGUAAAGUGAGAACUUCACCAGUCCAGUCUCCCUUAAAGUUAGAGCUCGACCUGUCAGUCACCAUGGGGGUAAAGGGCUUAUCUUCACUCAUAAAGGACAACAGAAGGAUCUCCCCGGACAUCCACUUCAGGGACAGCAAGCUGGUGGUGGAUGGAAACAACCUGAUCUACCACCUCUACUUCUCGUCCAACCUGGACCAGAACCACGGCGGGGAGUACCUGGCCUUCCAGGUGCAGGUCCAGGCUUUCUUCAAGACUCUGGCCGACUAUGAUAUCAAACCGUACGUGGUGAUGGAGGGAGGCAAGGGCACCAGCGACAUCAAACUGGAAACCGUGUUCCGACAGACGCUGAACGAGCUCAAGGUGCCGAUGGUCAAGUGCUUCAGAGAGGCCGACGGCCUGCGGGCUGCCCUGGCCAAAGAGUGGUGCUGCCCGGUUCUGUCCACAGACAGCGACUUCUACAUCUUUGACCUUCCUAGGGGGCUUCUGCACCUGGAUCACUUCAAGUGGCGCGCAGCGGAGACACAUCGUGGCAUCCCCUGCAGGCGAUACACCACGUCCAACUCCUGCACCUUCUUCAACAUCGACCGCCGGCUGCUGCCCGUCUUCGCCUCGCUGGCUGGGAACGACUACCUCAGAGAUGUUAGGUGGGCCAGAUACCUUCCAGCGGGAAUUCCUACAAUCAGCGCCGCUAACCUGGAGGGCCUCCUGUGUUGGCUGAGAGACAAGAAAGGCCAGACGACAAAAGACAUCCUGACAGCAGCGACGAAACUCAUACCCAGCAAGAGUCAACAGGAGCGGACGGAGGCGCUGAAGAUGCUGAAGACGGCCAUGCUGGAGUACGAGCUCCCCAGCUCCUCUCUGCGGGGGUUCUUCAGCGAGGGAACCGUUCCCCCGCUGCCCGCAGGGAUGUUGAUCUUCGUCCCCGACUGGGUCCGCGCGCCCCUGGCCAGAGGAGAGCUGAGCGGUGACGUGUUGGACCUGCUUGUGCACAGGCGGAACAUACUGCGAACCCAGGGGGAGCACAGCGACCUACAGAGCUCCAACCUCACCUCGAAGCACAUCCGGCAGGUGUGGUACGGGCUGCUGCUGGGCCAGAGGGGGGGUGAGGUGCUGGAGGCGGACCGGGUCGGUCUGGAGCUCAUCAGUGACAACGUGCAACCGCUGGUCCAAGGAGCCGCUCAGACGCUGAGGCUGGACUCUCUGCCGCAGGCAGACCGCGCUGUGAGGCUGCGGGUGUGUCUGGAGACGUUGGGCGUGGAGGAAGAGACGCUGGAGGGAGUUCCGGCUCACCUGCGCCUCCCAGUGGCUGUGACCCGCUACUGGCUGAGGAGGGCCAGCCCUGAGCCGACGGUCCUCAAAGCUCUGCUGAUGGUCAUGGUCCAAGGAGAACUGAACCGACAGACAGGAGGGACAACAGGCUGGCAGGGGGAUACCAGCCACAUCUCUCAGCCUCUGGAUUGUGUCGUGGCUCACAGCUUCAACCAAUGGCAGGCCUGCCUGAAGGAUGCCUCCCAGCUCAACCUGCUGCUCUGCAAGCCCCUCCCAGAACCCCACUUCGCCUGGUUGUACCAGGGCAGGCUGGUGCACCAGCGGCAGAAGCAGCUCCAGCAGAGGGAACCAGAGGACAUCGUACAGGACGACCAGUUCAGGAGACUGUACGGGAGGCUCCUGGGAGCAGUGACCCAGCCAGACCCCGGGGCCAACAGGAGAGCUGGGGGGCCUGAGGCCCAGCUGAGGGCCAGCAUGGAGCACCUUCACCUCAACACCCAGGAUGAGGAGGAGUAGGAGUAGGAGGAGGAGGAGGAGUAGGAGGAGGAGGAGGAGGAGGAGGAGGAGGCUCUGGGCGGGGCUGCAGGCCUGGAUCAGGGCUCGGAUGGGCCUUGGGUGGAGGUUAAAAGCAGGAGGAGGAAGCAGUAGAGGGAGGGGUGGGAGUGAGCAGGGGGGGGGGGGGGGGAGGGGCUGAUGGGGCACAGUGUUGGGGUAACGCGUUAGUCAUAUAUUAUAUUAAGCAGCAACAGAGUUAUAAAACCUGUUCUUCAUAUCAUUUUGGUAUUGCAUCUUCAAUAAGAACCUAGGAAGGAAGAAAAAGGAGAGUUGAGAACAGUAAAAGAUUAGAAUAGGAUGUUGCUCCUUUUUCUUCCUUCAUAGGUUCUGUUCUAGCGUGUUGCGGGUACUGGACUGGAUGCCUGGACUCUCCUCAUGGAUAACCGGCCAGAUCCCAUUCACCAUUUUAAUAUGAUGUGCAUGUAUUUACCUGUAUGUCAAUUGUGGCACCCAUUGCACUCCUGACCAUCCCUGGAAGAAGGGAUCCCCUACACUGCGUUUCUUCUCAAGAUUUCUUCCUUGCUGAUUCAAGGGAGUUUUUUCUUGCCCUUGUGGGGGCUUGGGUAAAGGGGGGUGUCGCAAAUAUUUGGCCUGUUAAGCCCUUUGAGACUGUAAUGGUGAUUAAGGGCUACACAAAUAAAAUUGAAUUGAAUUGAAUUGAAUCACAAUAUUAAGCUUGUGGGCUUUUUCUAAGCCUGAAUCAUGAGUUGUGUUUCGGGCUUGUUUAAAAUAAUCGAUUUUCUGAUAAAAACCGAUGUUUAUAUGAUCUGCUGAUCGAUCUUUCAAUGCAACAUAUACAUAUACAGUAUAUGCAUAUAUAUAUAUAUAUAUAUAUAUAUAUAUAUAUAUACAUAUUGUUUUUACUAUGCACUUAUUUACUGCAAUUCAUGAAAUAAAUCAAUAAACUCAGACCAUGUCA